GAUCAGUAUUUGCACAACGUCAAGUCACGGUUCAAGAAGGUCCGCUAUACCGCACUGAAAACUCCCACAUCACCAUUUGGUGCAAUGUCAGUGAUUACCAAGGACCAUCAGAACAAAAUUUUCAGUGGUCCAUAUAUCUCCCAUCCCUCCCAGAAAGGGAGGUGCAAAUUGUCAGCACCAUGGAUCCAUCCUUCCCUUAUGCUAUUUAUACCCAGCGUGUCAGAAGUGGAGAAAUCUACAUAGAGAAGAUCCAAGGGGAUUCUGCUCUGCUGCAUAUCACAGAGCUCCAAGACAGGGACACUGGUGUGUAUGAAUGCCACACACCCACCACUGAUGAAAGAUACUUUGGGAGUUACAGUGCCAAGAUGAAUCUAAUAGAUGUGCUUGUAAGAACUUUUACCCUUAAAAUGUUUAAGCAACAAGAAGAGAAAAGUAAAGACUGAUGUACCUGCCGU